UAGAAGGUCAUUGCUUAGGUGGGCGUGGUAAGCUAUCUGUUUUGAUCUGAGCAUCUUGGCCGGCUGUACUCGACUCACUGUACUACUGUAGAGCUAGACCUGACAAGCAAGCUAGCAGCAGACACUGGAAAGUUGCUGCAACUAACCUGUACUGUUCAUGUGGUCCCAUCUCCACUUUGAGCUGAACUGCAUGCAAUAAAGGCUAGUGUUGGAUACGCAGUAUUAAAUGGCUACAGAGAGGUCCCUACUAGUUCCCAGCAUAAAUCUGGAAGUGCCCGGCAUAGAGGAUCGAACCCCCGACCGUCACAGAAGACUCCACUAUGCCAUCAAUGCAAGCACCAGUAGUAUAGACGGAGUCUUUGUCGAGUCUCCCAAUAAUAUACCAAUGAGGUCCCGUGCUGUGACUGCAGAGUCUGCAUCAUCAGGUUACGAUCCGUUCACAUCCAGCAUGACUGACAGCCCUGAGGAUGUACAGGAGUUGCUUAGGAACCUGGAGAAAGCUACGGCGCUAGUGAAGAGACACGUCACAAUGGAACAAGAAGAGCAACCGCAGAGAAAGAAGAAAGCCCUCAUUCCGUACUGGCUGACAAGCUACCUCCUGGUCAUCACCUUCUUAUGGCAGUCUACUAAUCUGGGAGUGCUGGAGGUCAUUUUUCGUCUUUCUCCCCACAACACCACACUGGACACGGAUCUCAAUCUAGCGAGCAACAUUGUAAUGACUGUGUUCCAGUUUGUCCAUUUGAUGUUAGUCUUCUUUAUCAGUGUCAAACUAGUUAAACAGGUUGUCCACCGCUCUGCCUCGGGGUCGCUGCUCGCUCAGUCCUACCUCUCGACUGUCCUACUGUUCGCUGGUCUCUACACACUCCAGUAUAGGCUGGACUUUGGCCAUGGCUGGGUGAUUGGUACAGGUAGCACAGCAUUCAUUGAGGAACCUCUGCAACUCUUCCUACGCAUGUUCUACUUGUCUGUCUCCACGGCAACACUGUGCGGGACAUCCCAAGUGGAACCCAUCGUGUGGUAUUCGUCGCUAACAAUCUCAAUACAAAUGCUGUCUAGUUUUGUCUACUUUGCGUCCAUACUCUCUCUGGGUGUGGUCGACAGGAAACGCUCAAAAUACGGCCCCCCUCCAGGAAGAUUGAGAAGUUUGACAAGUAAAAUUCGUCGCUGUUUCUUCAAAGAAGAUGACGAGUGAACAUGCAAUUAUACAGAGACCACGCCUUUCUUGUUUGUCCUUUAAUUAAAGCACUAUAUAUAUAUGUCAACACUGUAUUGAAUACUUUACAUGUCAUACAUGUAUCAAUGUUUAUGCACAGCAUAAUUAACAUAAUUAUUACAAGAAACAGGUGCUCAACAGAAUAAAAUUUGUGAACGUUUUUAA